UGAACUCAACACAUUGCGAUGGCAGACUGACAGUGCUCGGUGAGACCAUUAUCGGAGGGAACCUGUGAAGUCACUUAAGUGGCAGAAUGGCAGCACAGUCAGCUGGGGCUCACAAUGUUGAUGUCCGUGAGCUAUUCAACAUGUUGGAGUCCAACGACAUCAAUGUUUCUAAUGACAUUACUAAAUUAGUGCAGGAAAAUCUAGUUUCAACAAAGGAAGCAUGGCUUGUAUGCAGUCUUGUUGAUUACUACUACAUAUCACACUCUGAAAGGACCCUCCAGAUUAUCAAAGAUGUCCGUGAACCUCACGAUAAGCACCUGGUAGAUAAACUAAAUGAAGGACUGAAGAGUGUGGAACACCGUUUGCCUGCAAUGAAGAUUUUGUUGUCUUUGGCCUGUAAACAGCCUAUCUGGGUUCACAAACUAGUCACUCAUCAGAUCUUUCAUGCCAUCAUCAAAACUUUAAAGACAGAAACAGAUAUCCCAGUGUUGAUGACAGGUGUUAUGACUCUGACAGUACUUCUGCCUUCUGUUCCUGCUCUUAUUGGAAACCAGUUGACAGAAAUUUUUAACAUAUUUAGUCGUCUGAUAGCUUUUAAUGAGAGAAAACCGGGAAAUGUACCAGAUGUGUUCCUGAUACACCUACAAGUAGCGUUGUACUCCCUGUUCCACAGACUGUAUGGCAUGUUUCCCUACAACUUCCUCACAUUCCUCCGUCAUCACUACAAUAAAAAGGACAAUGCCAAGGUCUUCGAUGAAUUCGUUAAGCCCAUGUUAGACCGUGUGAGACUUCAUCCCCAUCUCAUUACUAGCUCAAGGGAUCAUGAAAUCUCCCCCAAGAGGUGGCGCCAGAUGGAGGCUCAGGAUGUGGUAAUUGAAUGUGCAAAGAUGUCUCUAGACAUAACAGAGGGGAUGUGGGAGGAACUGACAUGUCCCGUCCUUACUCCACGUCAAACAUUAUUUCAACCUACUAUCAAGAAACCUUCACUUCAACAAGUCACACCUGAUGCAGUUUUGGAUGGAAGUGUAUUAAAUGCAGCACAACAGUUGAAUCUGGUCUCCCAGGAGUUGAGUCCACCGUGUCUGACGAUAGGGGCUGAUGGUGUAGGGUUGUGGAGUCCUUCUGUAGUGGUUGGCCUAUCCACACCCCCACCCUCACAGCAGACCACACCUCUCUCCAACUGUUAUGAUACCAGCAGAUAUACCUAUGGAAACACCCCCUUGGCAACCCCUCCUGUGGAUACACCCAGAGCCACAUCUCCCAAUAAUGAUGAGUUAGACAAGAGUUAUAGUAGAACAAGUAGUCGAGGUCUCACUUCUGCGAAAGGAAGUGAGCUGAAGCGUCUGAGUACAGGUUCCAUGGCACAGGCAAAGACAAGUGGAACAUCAGUCACUGAUGGAAAGCCAUCGAGUGUUCCUCCCUCUCCACUCCGAGCAGAAUUUACGUCAGACCCUCCACAGGGUCCUGGUAUAUUUAAACCUGUUCGCCCAGCCAUCAGAGAACUAAAGUUUGAUGCCAUCAAUGAGGGACAACAUUCACAAUCACUGGAUCAAGAAAAAUCUGAGCCGCCAGCUGAGAGUGAAAGGUCCGACUUGAUGGAGUCCUUCUCCAUGGACACACUUCCAAGAGUAAUGGAGGAUUUAGCUGGUCAAAGAGAGGAUCCUGAUGAUGAGGAUGAUGACGACCAGGAGGUAUCAGAACUGACAAGCCAUACAGCCACACUUACCGCUGAGUCUGUUCAGCAGUUCAUGAAAAAAGUCAACAGAAUCCGUUUCAACAGUCUUACAGCAGCCAACAGCAUUCCAGAGAAACAGAAGUUUGGUGCCAGGUCAAGGUCUUGUCCUCACUUGCCAAAGAUAGAUUCUCUGGAAUCUGAAAGUGAUGAGACUGAUAGUGUUUCUCGGUCAGCCUCUGCCACUCUGAAAGUCAAAGUCAGCCCACAGACAAAUGAUAAGUCCAAUUCUCUUCAAGACCAAAAAUUACCAGUACCUCCAUCAGAGAAUUCAGAACUCUGUCCUAGAAUGAGGGUAAAAAACGGUGUGAAACAAACAGUAGAUUCAUCACCCAAAACAACACAAUCAGAUGUAUCAACAUUACCAAAGGAGAAAUCCCCAUCAUCCUGUCCUGUGAUGUCAGCAGGAGCUUGUCAGAAUCCAUCACCUGACAAUCAUAAGGUUGUGCCAAACAUGUAUAUAGAUAUGAUGAGGACCCUACUACAGCCAGGAUCCAUGUUAGUGUGCCAAAAAUGUAACCAGAGUAAUUCUGAUGGCAGUCCUUUGUCUACUCUAGGUCCUGCCGGGAUUCCUACAUCUUUCUCUCCACCAGACUUACUAGAUCGCCAUCUCCGUCUUGGAGGUGAGGUACAUGCCAAACAGCUGUCCAAAAUACCCAUUACUAGUCACGACUCUGUCAGCUGGACUCAUUUUGGAGGGAUGCCACCUGCAGAUGAAGUCAAUAUUUUACGAGGACAGAUCUUCAUGAUACAAAACCAACUGAUGUAUGAGCGACAUAAACGGGAACUUCACGCCAAAAAGAACAGACGUCUUCUCCGUAAAAUAGCCAAUGCCAAAGCAGUGGAAGAGCAAAACAAUGCCAUGGCUGAUCAGCUUUCCCAGUAUGAAACAGAAAUGCAACAUUUGCGAUUUUCUUUACAACUUCUUCAAGAAGAAAACCGACGCUAUAAAGAGUCCCAAGAGAGCAAUGAGUAUGAAAGUAAAGUACAAAUGAGGUCAUGCUUAGCAGAGAAUGAGGAUUUGAAAUCUGCAAAAAGUGAGCUGACAACACUGUUAGUGCGACAGAGAGAGGAACAAGAUGUCCUGAAACAGCGACUUCAGGAGACAGAAUCAAAAUUGUUCAAGUCUGAAAAGGAGAAAAAUCACCUUCAGGAGGAGGUGCAGUUCACACAAAAACUGAAAGAGCAGGUGUUUACACUACACAAGGAGGUGCUACUGAUGGGAGAGUUACACCAACACUACCAGGAACAGAUCAACUCUGCUAGGAUACACACCAAGACCAAGCAUGAGCAAGACCUCCAUGUCAUGUCACAGGCAGCGGAGAUCACAGCACUAAAAAAGAAGUUGAAGUCAAUAACCUUGACAAGUGAGGCAAGUCAGUCCCGUGUUAACCAGCUGGAGGCUAAUAUCAAAACCAAGGAUAUUGCCUUGGCAGAGAUCAAACAGAGUUUAGCAGAUGUGAUAUCAAACCAUCAGGAAGAGCUUAAGUCUAUAGAUGAGAAGUAUCAGUGUAUGGUGAAGGUCAACCAACAGUUAGAGGGAAGGAUCUUACAUCUCUACAGUCAGGUGGACGAACUCACCAAGCCAUUGAAGACAAAGGAAGCAUCCCCAUCUUCGACAGCUUCAAAGGAGGUCUCUCCAACAAGGGAGAGGGCAGGAUCAGAUCCGACAAUUGUUACAAAUAUUAGUAAAACUCCUCUUUGUAAAAUGACAAGUGUUCCGACAUACUGUGAAAUGAAAGAACAGGGAUCUGACAUGUCAGUGGCUGGUUCUAGUCAUGUAAAACAUCAGCCAAGAAACGUAUCUCCACUGGCGAGUCAUUCCCAGACUGUGGAGGGAGACAAUGUUGAGCAACCCAUCAUAACGCGGACAGCGGAGUGUGAUAAUGGGUCUUUAUCGUCACGGGAGUCAGGGAUGUUUACUCCCCAUCGUAGUGUGUAUAGUGAAGGGGAAGACCAGUCUCUCUCCUCUAGGGGAAGUAAUUUACUCGACAGUGGCUAUAGCACAUAGCUAUAUCAAUAUCUAAUGAGGAUAGAUUUAUUUUUUCUUUUGGGUUUGCGUUUUUUUUUAUUUCUAUAGUAUGCCAGGUUUUAUAUUGGAAAAAAAAAAUGGUUUUCCCAAAGUUAUAAAAUCGUACUUGUAUCUUUAUAUUUUCACACAAUUUCACAACAGGUUUUGUAAGUAAUAUUUCAUUCUUCACAAUGGUAUGCUUUAGUUGGCAUGCUUUAAAGCACCAUCUGGCACAUGCCUCAGAUAAUGAGCAAGGGAAGGGGUGGGGCUUAUAUGUUUGGUGUAUGUCCAUUCUAAAUCUCAUAAACAACAUCAGAUGUUGCUUGAAAAUAACUUCAGAAAAUUUAAUAUCUCAUGCUUUUUAGUAUUUCCUUAUCAGUCCUAUAUCUUAUUUUAAAAGGAUUUAAUUUCGGCCAUUUUUCUUCUGUCAAAUGUGCAAUUGACACAAGCCAUCUGUUUAAGCAUAAUCAUUCCACAGACUCCCAAUUCUGAAUAGUUUUGAAGAAAGAACUCCACUAAGACAUGCUCCAUUUCAAUGAAAUGGUGUGAACCUACCCAAAUCAGAAGUCUAUAAACAUAGUUUCCACUGAUGAUAGAGAAUGUUUAUAAAUGAAUAGUGCAUCUUCUUUAAAAAAAAUUUAGACGAUAAAUAAUUUCUGUUCUACAAUAGCCCGACAACAACAUUAAAUUUGGUUUGCAUGUGCAUUUCAUUAUUCACCCUAGUAGCUCUGGCUAAUUAGGUCACCUGGUGACUUAUGGUGAUUGCCUUUUGUGUGGUGUCAUGUGUCUGUAUACUUUUAACAUUUUCAACUUCUCAAAAACCACAGAACCAAAUUUUCUGAAAUCUGAAUCCUCCUUUGGCCAAAGAUGAAGCAAUGGCCAGAGGGGCAAGGCAAAAAGGGGUCAAACUAACUCUGGUUUCAAAAAUCUUUUUCUAAUUACCCAAAUAUGAUAGAAUCUUAUAAUCUUUAUGGACAAAAAGGUCUGAAGGUGCUUUACCUUAAUUUUUAAUUCAUGAUUCCAGGGUCUCGCAUUUCCCCCUGAAAUAGUGGUAAAGUUUACUUAGGAAAAGUACAUUUUUGAACAUGAUUUGUUUAAUUUGGUUAGAAUUAUGAGCGAAGGAUGAUGGCUUGAUGGUAUGCACUUAUCGAUCCUGGCUGACACCCUGACGCUGAUGGGUGGGACCAGAAUCCUUGUUUACAGAAAAUGUGAAUUUCAUGACCCAAGGGUCUCGCAUUUCCUCCUUGAGAGGGGAUAAGUUUACUACAGUUUAUAUAGGAAAAUUACUUAGUUCAUUAAUAGUCAUUUAUUUUCCAUUGAAAAUAACUUAGUCAGAAUUAUUAGUAUAGGAUGACAGUUUUGAUGGUAUCCAUAUAUUGACACUGGCUGAUUCCAAAGGACUGAAGUCAUUUCACUUCAGUCUUACUAUCAUCAAUGUCGAAAUUUUUUUUUGUGAUACUUGAAAGGUAAUUAUCCUUUAACCUGAAAAUUCAAUAUUGUUUACCUCAGAUAACUGUCAAGGCCGCUAGACCUUUUGUUAAUUUGAUCCUGUGUGGUAACAUCCUGUCUGUAUCGCCAAAUCAUAUACACUUAAUGUCUGCCUGAACAUCUAGAUCUUUCUGGAUUUCAAUUUUGCACUAAUGAAUACAGUAGUUCUGUACUACUUGAAUCACUGUAAAUUUGACUUUCCCUUUUGAUUCUCCUGUCUAGUUGAUACACUUUGGUUCUAAAAAAGAAAUAAUUAGUUUAGAGCAGUUUUUCUCCUGGAGAUUCUUCUUGUGUUGAUGGUCCUGUUAUGAGGUGGAAUUAAGAAAUCAAAUUUCAAUAAUUUCUGACAUUGAGUUUUACUUAAUUUGGAGCUGAAACAAGAGCAUAUUUGAUAUUCCAUGUUGAAAUUAUUAUCAACAAAUGAUUCACAUUUGGAAUUUGUUGUUCACAAGUAUGUUUUACCAACAGAUAUUUUCAUGUUGCAGGACUAUAUCCUCUGUCAAGCUAUUGUUAUCUAUAUCAAAUAAAAAGAAAUCAAGGUCAUGUGAAAAACUUACUUUGUUUUCAUAGCUAAUUGAGGUGUAGGUAGGAGAGACAACUUCAGACUUGUUCUUACAACUAAUCAAUGUACAGGUAGUAGAGGCACCUGGACUUUUUCUCACAGCUAAUCAAAGUACAUGUAGUGGAUACAACUACAGUACAGGCAAGGGAGAUAUCUACAGUCUUUUUGUCACAGUUACACUAAUCACAGGUAGGGGAGACAACUACUAACUUCUCAGGCUAAGCAAAAACUAGGAGGGGAGACAACAAUGGGCUUGUUCUCACAGCUAAGCAAAGUACUGGUUGGGAAGACAUCUACACACUUCUUAUAAGGCAAUGCAAAUUACUAGUAAGGGAGACAACUACAGACUUGUUCUUACAGCUAUUCUAAGCAGAAAUAGGGGAGACGACUACAGGCUUGUUCUCACUGCUAAGUAAAGUACAGAUAAGGGAGACAACCACAGAUGUGUAACUUAAAAAAAGGAUAAGCCCCUUAUUGUUGAUGUUUACAUGACAAAAUCUCAUACAAAAUACUACAAAACAGUUUUAAGAACCAGACAAAAGGACUUACCACAUAUUUGUCUUUUUUCUAUGUGAUUAAUAUGACAAUGCUGUCAGCUUUGUUAUCUAUAUGUGCUAUAUAUAUGUUUUGCUCUAUAUCAUACCUUUAAGCACUUACUAUAUGUCUAAGGAUUUAUUUUGUUAUGUUUGGGUUACCACAUUGAAAGUUUCAGUUAAAGCCAUGGAUGUAAAAUCUGUGAUAUGUAGAUGAUGAACUUUAAAUUGGCUGUAGCACUCAAAUCGUUACUCAGAUAUACAUUUAUUGGCUGAUGGAGUUUGACCUUAGAACUAAGUAAUGAAAAAUAUCACAUUCCAUCUUAUUUAUAUAUUAUACAGUAUGUCAGCUUAUCCCAAAGCCAUUUUCAAGGUAAUGUGUUAACUUGAGUAAGAUAGGCUACAAAACAUAAUAUUCUGUAUCCCUGGGGAAAUUUUGGUGUCCAGUAAAGACUAAAAAACAUAAUACUUGUUAGCCCUAGUGAAAUUUUGGUGUCCUGUAAAGACUUAAAAACAUAAUGCUUGUUAGCCAGUGGGAAAUUUUGGUGACCUGUUAAGACUAAAAAACAUAAUGCUUGUUAGCCCUAGUGAAAUUUUGGUGUCCUGUAAAGACUAAAAAACAUAAUGAUUGUUAGCCCAGGGAAAUUUUGGUGUCCUGUAAAGACUAAAAAACAUAAUGCUUGUUAGCCCGUGGGAAAUUUUGGUGUCCUUUAAAGAUUAAAAAACAAUACUUGUUAGCCCUAGUGAAAUUUUGGUGUCCUGUAAAGACUAAAAAUCAUAAUGCUUGUUAGCCCUAGUAAAAUUUUGGUGUCCUUUAAGGCUUAUUACCGAGUGCUGGGGUGGUAUUCCAUUAAGAGAAUCCCUUAACAAUUGACCAUAAUCAUUGACUAGACUUCCUUAUAAGGUAGACUUGUUCUGGUGUUCCUCAGUCCAUUCUUUUGAUGAUUUAUGAGUCACUAGACCACUUGUCCAGACUACUGUCAUUUUGUAUUCUUGUCUGAUAUAAUGGCUCUCUUAGUCUAAAUCCUAUUUUCUUUAUUGAUCUACAUGUAAUUUUGUAAAGGAAAUGUUAUUAUUGUUUACUGAGGUAUUGUCGUACCCCGAAGCCUUGCCCUCUGUGAUAAGGAUAUUUUCCCUUUGCUGUACGACUGCUUGUUUAUAAUCUAUGCAUCUGACAAUCAUUAUUUGGUGGCAUUUAAAUAUGAGUGUCCAGUUGGUCAUUUGAUCGAGAUUUUUUUGUAAAACUUUAGAUAAAUCAUAUUUACAUAUAUAUUAUAGUGUGAAUUUUGGUGGAUAUAAAAUGAUAUCCAUGUCUUAGAUAUUUCUGUUUUGAUUUUAUACAAUUAUAAGUAUACUUUUAAUUGUGUAGUACAUACCCGCGUGUUUGUUUGUAUUUACAUCCCAAUUAGUUGUGGAAAAACACAUGCAAAAGAGGAGAUAAUGUUUUCAUUGAUCAAAGAAAUAUGCUAAUGACCUGACUAUCCAGAAGUAAAUGAAUUGACUCACAGUAUUAUUGAUAUGUCUGUGUGAAAUUAGGUGUAAAUAAAACAAUUUGAAAGAAU